GCUACUGCAUCAUGAAAAAACAAGAUGGCAGCUCCCACAUGUUGGAUACUGGCAAACUGAUCAUAUCAUGUAAAGUUGGAGUUAUUCUGCUGGGACUUGUGAGUUGCAGUAUCUACACUAUGAAGCUUACGCAGCAGUUGAUGUGUAGUUAUUGGAAACGCUAUGUGGACCGUCACUUUAUUCUAACAUGGAGAUGGAAAGGGCAGCUAAAAGGCCAAGAACCAGUCGUUAUGAAAAGAUGGCAUCUUGGUAAAGACAGGCAGUGGACCACAAAUAGCCGCUUUCAGCAGUUAGACGUACCACCACAAGAGGGUGAAGUUGUGAUGAGAAGAAAAAACUUUGUGGAACCAUUAGAAAAAUGGCCAAUAUUUAAAGGGGACCAGGUUUAUGUACUGGAAGGAAAAGAUGCUGGAAAAAUUGGCAUUGUAAAUAGUGUGUGGCCAGAACGCAACUGGGUCUUUGUGGAAGGUCUCAACUGUAAAUUUGUGGAAAACCAGUUGUCGGAUGACGCUUCUGAUCCACCUGAACUCACUCGUGAAGAGCAGCCACUGUUGGUUACAGAACAUGUGAAACUUGUUGACCCCUCAGACAUGCAGCCGACAGACUUUGAAUGGCGCUAUGAUGAGGAAGGCAAUGAGGUCAGGGUGUCCAGCAGGUCAGGGAGGGUAAUACCACUACCAUCAGGAGCUCAGCAAUUGGAAGACUUUGUUAUACCCAGUCAGUAUGCUGAAUCACCUGACAAAGAUACAAAGAAUUCUGAUUUGAUGAAAAUAACUUAUAAACCAUCACUUAAAUAUUUUGAAGAAGAACUCAUGGAAAACAUGGGUAUAGAAGAGAAGAGAAAGAGAGCAAAAACAUACUGGUAUUAAACAUUUGAGAGGCAGUUAUAGGGACUGGAAAGCAUGCAAAUGACUUAUCUGGGAGGAGGGGUGAAAGCAAGAAAUUAUGACAUUGUUUUAUUAUACAGCUGUUGUUACUCCCUUGCAGUUGAAAGAAAGCAUUUGAUGAGUUAAAACAAAAACUUGAGGCAUUAUUGCUUGGGAAUAUUCAACUGUUAUCACUAUGGGAUCAGGCAGAAAAGAAAAAAAGGAGAAUCAGGUUCUGUGUAGCAGCCAGCAGUGGAAUAUGGUACAGGACUAAACUAAUAGUCAAUACCAGUGUGUUAGACAUCACAUAAUAUAUAAAUUUCAAAUUGGUUUGAAGAAAGACAUUCUUUAAAUAGUGACAAUAAGUUGAUGUAUUUACAUUGAAAUUUAUAUUGCUAAAGAAAGUGGUAUCACAAAACAAAUCUUGGGGUUGAGUUUUAUGUACAGAUUUCAAUUUAUUCUUGUGUCUUCAUAAGUUGUUCACAGACAGCUGUAAAAUGCACCUUGUUUUCAACUUUACAAACAAGCAAAAUAAAUGAAUAAAUGAAA